AUGGCAUGGAAAAUGUGUAAAAAGUACUAUGAUAUUGGAUUAAAUCUUACUGAUGGCAUGUUUCAAGGUGUCUACAAUGGUAAGAAGUACCAUUCGAGCGAUAUAGUGCAAGUUCUCAACAGAGCCUCUAAAAUUGGUGUCAAAGAGGCACUUUUGACAGGAUCUAGCAUUGUAGAAUCCCAGCAGGCGGCGCAAUUGGCUCAUCAGUACAGCACUGAAGAAUUGCAGCUCGGGUAUACUGUUGGUGUUCACCCCUGCUGUGCAAAUGAAUUUGCACAGUAUGAUGCAACCAUUGGUAAUCCAUCAAACGACGAGGAAUCAAACGAAAGGAUAGCUGUCAAGGUGAAGGAGAACCCUAGUAUAGCGCACAAGAAACUGGAUGAAUUGUACAGAUUAACCAAGGAUUCCCUUUCCGAUGGUAGAUUUCGUGCAAUUGGUGAGAUUGGCUUGGACUAUGAUAGGUUGUUCUAUGCAUCUCGUGAAAUGCAGCUGAUGUUUUUCGAAGAGCAGCUGAAACUGAGCUGUUUAGUGGGACAACACUUACCACUUUUCUUACAUAUGCGUACAAGUUGUUCAGAUUUUAUCAAUAUUAUGCAAAAAUUUAUUAAUGGAUUUCAAGAUCAUGAAGAUAGAUUUUCCUGGAGCCAAAGAUGCAACGUAGAAAAGCCAAUUCGUUAUCAAUUUUUACCAGAUCGUAAAUUUGUCACACAUUCAUUUACUGGUACUCCACAGGAAUUGACACAGUUGUUAUCAAUUUCACCAAACAGUUUUGUGGGUCUUAAUGGUUGUUCGUUAAGAAACGAGGAAAAUAUGCAAUGUUGUAAAGAUGUUCCAUUGGAAAGAUUGCUUCUCGAAACUGAUGCACCUUGGUGUGACAUUAGGCGCACGCAUGAGUCCUACAAAUAUCUGAAUAACUAUGAAAUACCGUUUAAGUCGGUUAAAAAGGAUAAAUUAUCGAAGUUAGAGAAUAUUGAAGAUACAAUGGUUAAAGGUCGUAACGAACCUUGUACCAUGGAGCAAGUUGCGCGUGUUGUAGCCAGUGCUAAAGGUUUAGAUCUAUCGCUUGUGGUGGAUCGUGUCUGGGAAAAUAGUAUCAAUGUAUAUGGUAACACUACCGGUAACAAAUAA